AUGACGUCUUCCAUUGAAACAGCUAAAAAGCGAGCUUGUGAGCUUGCUGUGAAUGAGUGGCUCAAGGAUGGACAAGUGAUUGGAGUGGGUAGUGGCACCACAAUCGAAUAUGCUGUAAAAGCUAUCGGUGAGUACACGUUUCUUGAUACUCAGUGCAUCAUUGCAGCAAAUAAGGUCGCCCAGGAAAAACUAAAUAUCAAAUGCGUACCGACGUCUUUCCAGCUUGAUGUAGCAUUCGAUGGUGCAGAUGAAAUCUGCGAGGAUUUUACUCUCAUCAAGGGUGGUGGGGGUUGUUUACUUCAGGAAAAAAUUGUGGCCUCGUGUGCCUCAAAUUUCAUAGUGCUGGCUGACGAACGAAAAUGUUCAAAAAAACUUGGUACUCAUUGGUCCAAAGGUUUACCAAUUGAAGUCAUACCAAUGGCCUUUCGCCCGGUUCAGUCGCGGAUAGAAAAACUAUUCGGAGGCAAAGCUGUUCUCCGACCAGCAAUAUCCAAAAUGGGUCCACAAUUGACCGAUAACGGGAAUUUCCUCAUUGAUUGGCAUUUCGAUCCUAACCUGGACUAUGAUUGGCCCAAAGUGGAAAUUGAGCUCCUACGUAUUCCCGGUAUUGUGGAAACCGGACUGUUCAUUCGGAUGGCACGCAAAGUUUACAUCGGUAAUUUGGACGGUUCGACCAAAAGUUGGUCAGCUUCUGUAUGA